GCUAGCGAGCGGACGUGUCGAACAUGAGCUCCAUAGGAGCGGCUUCAGCGGCCCAGCAGGGCCGCGGUAACAGGAAUUUUGGUUCAGAAGACCCGGACUAUCAAGUUUUGCUGCCUCAACUGCCUACAGGUCGGAUUGUUUUAAAUACAUUGUUUUUACAUGCCGAUGUGCGUGCCAGGCCGUAUCGGGUGGAGCAUUUCCGCGACGCACUGGCUAGCUUAGGCCUACUGCCGGAUGUUAUCGCCCUAGGGGCGUAUCAAAUGAGCCACGUUUGGGCAGUGACUUUCAAGAGCGAUGAAGGUGUGAAAAGGCUUGCAAGCGCCAAGGAAGUAAAAGUGAAUGAACAUCGGUGCAUCGUGGUUGAUCCAGCCAACCAGGCCGUGCGGCUGAAGCUGCAUUGGAUGUUGCACAACGUGACGGACGAGGACAUACGCACGGCACUUUCACCGUUCGGGAAGGUCACGGACGUCUUCCGGGAGAAAUGGCGUGUCCACGGAGUGCAAGAUAAAGCAUCGUCAACCCGUUCGGUGUCGUUGGUUUUGAAGACGGGUAUGACCGUGGAAGACCUGCCUCAUCAACUUCGUGUCGCUGGUGAGCAGGCCUUAGUUGUUGUACCAGGCAGAGCACCACUUUGCCUGAAAUGCCGAAGCACCGGUCAUGUUCGACGUGAGUGUCGCGUCCCGAGAUGUGCAGUUUGCCGUCGCUACGGCCAUGGCGAGACGGAGUGUGUUAGGACCUACGCUUCCGUAACGGGACCGGCGCUUCGGGAGGACGUGGCCGAUCUGUUCAUGGAUGAAGCUGACGUGGAUGAGUCUUUCCGCGCGCAAUCUCUGCCGGCCGACACAAUUGCCAGGCCCACUGAGCAGGCUUCCAUAGCCUCGAAGGUGGCAACUGUGGUUACUGAUCAGAAAACUGCAGUGCAGACAAGUGACGGAAAAGGCAAAGAAGAAACGGCCAUAGAACUCGCCACUCCCGGGGCGAGUACAGCAGAGCACGGGCCAGCAACUGCAAUGAUGGACGUCGCAGACCCGAGUGCCAACUGUGCGGCUACGAAGAGAGCAAGGGACGUAACGAGCACCCAGGAGGAGGACUUGGACAACGAGACCCAAGACGAACCGCCGCAGAAAACCCAGGCGAGUCGUCGGGCGUUCAUUCGCCCGAAACCGAACAUCCCGCCGGACAGACGGACGGCGGCAGAACCGCCUACCUAG